UAGCUUCCCGCCAACCACGAUUCUUAGCCGCCGCUUCACCCACCUAAUCACUCAUGUUUAAUCACAGACCGCCUUUUCUUUUUCUUCCUUUCCCGUUUUUUUUUGUUACAGCCGCAUUAUUAUCAUAAUCCACUUCAGAAUCUCUCUUUUUGUUUUCUUCUCUCUGUAGAUGCAAAUGGAAAUGAAUUAGUGAAAGCGCCGCCGUGUGUGAACAUGGGGGUUGGUGGGCAACCGAGUUGAACCGGCGUUUCCCAAUUUUUGUUUGAGAUUUCAAGGCUAGCUUUUGAGUUUUAUUGCUAGGUUUAUAGCAACGCAAAUCAUUUAAUUCUUUGUUGUGGAUGAUGGCUCAAACUUCGUUGCUUCUUAAUUACGUCUUUUGUUGUAGCUUGAGUUUCAUACGUACGUGAUAACUAUUUCCCAUCAUUUUAAUUGGAAGUUUUUGUGGAUAUAAUGUCAAAAGUUUCGGCUUCAAUGAAGAUUAGUUGAGUGGAAAAUAGAUUUAAUUUGGAGCAUGCAAGAAAACAAUAUGGUAGAAUCCGAGAUUUUGUCAACUGAAUCCAAUAUUCUGAAUCAAACAAAAUUGGAUGAGCAGCCAGUAAAGAAAAAACGCAAUCUUCCGGGAAUGCCUGAUCCGGAUGCGGAUGUGAUAGCUCUAUCGCCGAAAACGUUGCUGGCGACCAACAGAUUCGUGUGCGAGAUCUGCAACAAAGGGUUUCAAAGGGAGCAGAAUCUGCAGCUCCACCGGCGCGGCCACAACCUGCCGUGGAAGCUCCGGCAGCGGAGCGGGAAGGAGCUGCGGAAGCGCGUGUACGUGUGCCCGGAGGCCAGCUGCGUCCACCACAACCCAUCGAGGGCGCUGGGCGAUCUCACCGGAAUCAAGAAGCAUUUCUGCCGGAAACACUUGGACAAGAAGUAUAAAUGCCACCGCUGCCCCAAGAAAUAUGCGCUUCAGUCCGACUGCAAAGCACACAUCAAGGCUUGCGGCACUCGUGAGUAUUCUUGUCGUUGUGGAACUUUGUUUUCUCGGAGGGACAGCUUUGUUACGCAUAGGGCGUUUUGCGAUGCAUUAUCGAGGGAGAAUGCGCGGUCGCAGCCGCCACCCAUGGUUGCUCCACUGCCAGCUUCGAGUCCUCCACCACCGCCGCUUAGUCCGUCUGCGACGGUCUUGUCGAUUCAAAGUUCGGCAACACUAGAACUCGCAGAAAACUCAAACGCCGAGCUCCAACCACCGCCACCUCCGGCGCCGACCGCAGCUGCUACCACUAGUAAUAACACCCGAAGCAGCAGCGGAGGCUUUUUGGGUAGUAUGCUGAGUUCAUCAUCGACAUACCCGAGCCUGCUAUGCAGCAUAGCCGGGCCCCAUCAGCGCUCCGUGUCGCUGUCGCUGUUCGAAAAGCAGCAACUACACUACGUCCCAAGGCAGCCAGCGGCGCUAUCCGCAACCGCUCUGCUCCAGAAGGCCGCCCAAAUGGGAGCAACAUCCUCCUUCCUCCGUGGCCUGGGCUUGGCGCUGCCGUCUUCCUCGUCUAUCAUGAAGCUCGACAACACCUCGCUCGGGCUCCCAUCAUCGUCGAGUUUGAACGAAUUGAUGAUGAGCUCUUCCACGCUGUUUCGUAGCAAGCCCGCGACUCUGGAUUUGCUGGGGCUGGGAGUGCCAGCUGCUGAGGCUUCGUCGUCGGGCGGUUUUUCGGCCUUUCGGGAUGAUUCGGAGAGGAAAUAUAACCAAAGCAGAUUCUGCAAGCAUGAUUGAUAUUGAAAUCUGCAAGAAAUUUUGUGCUAUAUACAUUUUGCAUAUUCACAUAUAGAUAUUUCAGAACACAAAGCUGCUGAACAAAGUAAAAUACUGUACUAUAUAUCUCUUAUCAUCUAUCUACAUGACUUGGGGCAUAUAUUCACAAUCAGAGUUGUUCUUUAAUCGAGCGAAGAAUUGCAAGCUCAAUAAUUUAAUUUAAAUAUGUGCUACUUGUUCUUGUGAA